AUGGCUCCCGACGGGGCACCCGCGGCCUCCGCUCGCCGCCGGGACCUGCGGGGCGACAGCGGCCACAAGAGAGCACUGGGCUGUUCCAAGGAGGAACUUGUGAGACUGAAGGGAGGACAGGGGCUGGCAAGGGCAGAUGUCAUCAGGGUGGUCAUUAAGAGCAGCCAGCAGCAUCUCACCCUGCAGAGCUGGGAAUUGUGCAUCGUGUCUAGCAGCAGCACCCAGAGCAUCUGCACUCCAGCAGCACCAGAAUCUCUGCACUCCAGCAGCACCAGAACAUCUGCACUCCAGCAGCACCAGAAUCUCUGCACUCCAGCAGCACCAGAACAUCUGCACUCCAGCAGCACCAGAACAUCUGCACUCCAGCAGCACCAGAAUAUCAGAACAUCUGCACUGCAGCAGCACCCAGAGCAUCUGCACUCCAGCAGCACCAGAACAUCAGAACAUCUGCACUCCAGCAGCACCAGAGCAUCUGCACUCCAGCAGCACCAGAACAUCUGCACUCCAGCAGCACCAGAACAUCUGCACUCCAGCAGCACCCAGAGCAUCUGCACUCCAGCAGCACCAGAAUCUCUGCACUCCAGCAGCACCCAGAACAUCAGAGCAUCUGCACUCCAGCAGCACCCAGAGCAUCUGCACUCCAGCAGCACCAGAAUCUCUGCACUCCAGCAGCACCCAGAGCAUCUGCACUCCAGCAGCACUAGAACAUCAGAACAUCUGCACUCCAGCAGCACCAGAACAUCAGAACAUCUGCACUCCAGCAGCACCCUCUCCAUUCUGAAGCAGCACUCCUGGCUCAUCAGGCAACCUCGGGUUUCCAGCAGCUGGGUCAAGAGCAGAGAGAAGCAACAGAUUCAAGUAACAAGUAAUGCUGGGGAAAACCAGCAGUUGCGCAAGUGGCUGUGACAGCAGCAUUUACUGGUUUGCUCAGCUCUUCCCAGCUGUGGCCUCUCUGCCAGAAAAUGGCAGUGCUCCCCUUAUCCAGGAAUAUCCCUGCCUGCUCAGCCCCAGUGUAGUUUGGGUGCAGUGUCUGCAGCUCUGGAUUUGCUGUACUCUGACGUGCCUGGGAGCACUUCCUACUUCAGAACUAAAAGAAUAAUAAAAGUUGAACAAACACUUCGUGGUAUUAACAUAAGAUGUUUAAAUAAAAAAAAAAUUAAAGUCACAGAAUAUUUUAUCCCGCCCAGACUGAUGUGAAGAGCAGAAGAUUUAUGCCUAUUGCUAAGCAAAUACCUCCUAAGAAGUCACAUCCCCCUGGGAAGUGGUUUGUGUUCCAAGGAGCUGCAAGCAGAGCAGCAGUGUCUCCUCUGGGCACCCAGAAGUCAGGGAAGGAUGUGGCAGCCCCUCUGAAGUCCCAAUGAUUAACUCCUGGACAACUUCGGGACAUUCUCUGCAAAGUGGGCUUGUGAAUCUCUGGGGACACAGGCUGGGUUUCCCCAGUUUUGCUAGGAAUGGGAGGUCCUGGCUCUAAUCACACAUUGCCUGUCAGGAAACUCAUUUCCUCCUUUCUGGGACCGGGCCAGUGGUGUCAGCACGGACCCAGGCCAUGGGUUUGUGUGGUCACAGAGAUCAUGGGGUCACUGGGGACGUGUGAUCAUUGGGGAC